CAAGAAAUACACAAGUAAAGAUGUCUCAAUGUUUGUAGAGCUUCUAUUGCUCUUUUUUUUUCUUCUUGCUUUUGAUUAUUAGGGACUAGCCAUUAUCUAAUCCUACCGUGUAACUGUGACUGAAACAACCACUUGGCCAUGGAAGGUCCUGGUACGAGUGCACUACACCCACGGGGCCGUUUUCUUUUUCACCUCUGACCGGCUAGCGGUGCCUAAGGCCUCAAACGUAUUCGUAAGAGAAGAAAUGCCCUUACCGAAGGCCAUAUAAGAAGGACCCUAGGCUGAACCUCUUUAUAUAUUGCAAAACCUGAAACGCUCCUAUGAUGUUCUCACAUUUACAUGCAUAUGGCAAAUCAACGGAGGCGUGGACCACGAAACGUCUCAGUGAACGUAUUUUAAAGUUGUUGUUGUUGUUUUUGUUGUUUCCAAAUGUUGUGCGGCUUUUCGAUCCACGAUCAAAAUAAACAACCUCAACAAAUUUGGCUUAAGAAAAGCAAUUAGCAGGGAUUUAGAUGUGAAAACUUGGCAAACUUUCAAAGUAAUGAUGCACUGUUAUUUAUACUACUCAGUAGAAAAGAAAUUAAUUAAGUUUCCAGUUGUAACUCAACGCUGCUCACACAUUGAGUAAUCAGUGAAUUUAGAUUAAGACUCGGGCUCAUUCAACAAUAUUUACAUCGCCUUUGGAGUAUAAUUGAUAAAUACUGUCAUGCACGUUUUCCGUAGUAAAAUAUGUUGCAACAUGUGGAGAAAGAUUUUCUCGCCUGACAAAAUAUUCACGGCCUCCAAAGCUGGUGGACAGCAUCUUUGAAGUUUGGCGGCGCUUGCAAAAAUUUUGGUCGGCUAAAAGAAUCGUUCGCACCAAAACUGGCUUGAUGUUGACAGUUUUUCGUUUGCUAAUCAACUUUCAUUUUAUCGCGCGUAGUGCGAUAUGAAUAUUUUCUGACGUCAGACCUUAGUUGACAGAUUUGACGGGAGACUGGCAAAAAACAGGUGUUGAUUAAAACGCUUUUGGCUUAGUAAGGUCCCUUCACCUCAAAACCAUGUUAAAUUCAUGCCGAUGGAUGGGUAAAAGGCCAAUGCAGCGUAGAUGUAGGCACCCUGCCUUUAUCUCCUUGAUUAUUUUGUUUAGUACAUGUAUUCUGGGAUCACUCUUGAUUACUUCGCAACCUACACGUGGCGUUCGCUUGCAAGAAUCAGACCUGCGCCAUCCAGUGCCUUACAAGAAGUUAGGAAAGUGUCAAAAUACUCCAGACGGCGUCAUCGACUGCCCAGACAUUCGUCAAUUGGGUUCAACGCAACUUCGUAGAGCUCAGUUGGUGCUUACAAGAAUUCUGCGAAUCUUUGAUCUCAUUUCUAAAAAGUACAGUAUAAAAUACUGGUUGACUAGAGGCAGUCUUCUCGGAGCGGUCAGACAUGGCGGCCACAAUCCAUUCGACGAUGACAUAGAUAUCUGCAUUCCCAAAGCAGACUUUGAAAGGUUUGUCAAAUAUGGCCUGAAAGAACUUCCAGGUGAUAUAUUUUUCCAAACAGAAGACACCGACAUGUAUUACAAAAUUCCGCCACAUAGUGGAAUGUUGGGGAAACUUCGCGACACAAAAAGCUGUUAUAAGUAUUGUCUUCAUAACGGCUGUAAGUUUGCGGACGGUUUACAAAUUGACAUGCUUGUAUUGGACACGGACUCUGAUGGUAAUUUUUUGAACCUGUUCAGUCAUUCCUCGUGGUUCUUAAGAAGGUUCAUCUACGGGCCGAUAAAAAUAAAACGGACCGAUAUUUUCCCUUUGAUUGAGGUGAAUUUCGACGGGUUUGCAAUACCAGCACCGCGUGAGUGGAGAAAACUUUUGACUUCAUCUUACGGUGAUUUUACGAAAAUACCAUACAAAAAACCAUUGGCGCACCAAAUAACAGAUGCCUUGCGAAGUUGUGAAGAGAUAAAAAAUUAAAACUCUGACUUAAAAUAAAAUCCGCGGAGCUCCAAGUUUAAUGUUUAAACUUAAUUUCGCUUCGCCUGAAUUUUGUAGUUUAUAUUAAUUCUGUAGCAUUUACACUAGUUGACGUAUCUAAUGUGUCGGUCAUAAAUUAUUAAAAGUUUUAAAAUAGAUUUCAUCGGAAAACUGCCAGAAUUUAACAUUUCCUAACACUUUAUGAAGAAACGAUUUCCACUAAAAAGAACAAACAUAUCGAAGUUUAGAGUUAAGAACUUUUUCUAAAUUAACGUGAGAAAUGACGGAACUGCAUUAAGGUAGUUAAUUACAAACAAAAAAUUAAGCAAAUGCUCUUUAAACUGACAAAGGUUGAUGUUUCGGCUUAUUCAUUAUUCAUUAUUCAUUUCGUUUUUGUGUAACCUCCCGACUUGACAGCUAAUCCAUAUGAAAAAUGGCGUAUAUUUGUUUGAACUUCGAGCUUUGGCAAACAGUGACACGGAAAUUACAAAUGGUUUCAGCGUAGAAGUUUAUCUUGUAUCAAACGAAGUCGAUAACGGAAAAUAUUUCCAUUGUUUGGACCAUCUUAGUAGCAACACCAGACUAUCGACAGUCUCACUUUAUAAAUUCAUAAAUUACCCUCAUGCAAAUCUUCUCAAAAAUGAGAAGAUGUUGAAUAUAUCUCCAAAUUGAACAUUUCACAGCGAAGCGGCAUAACCUUUCGAAUAAUUUUCUUUCCUAGAGCAUAAAGAAUAAAUGUUAUUUUUUUGAAUGAAGAGGAUGCUUCAUUCGUCAAAAAAUGCCUUAAUCACCUUUUCGUUUUCGAAGUCAGCCUGAAUUGGCAAAUUUGUCGUCCCCUUUCCCUACCCCGCGGAGGUGUAAUGUUGGCCAAAGCCUCAUUAAUACAUACAAUUAUUCAGUUUGAUUUUGAAAUGUUUUUCUUUCGGAAGUUACCAAUUUCUAAAAAAGAAACACUCGACAGUAGAGCAGUUAUGUGCUUUUAUCACGCGCUGCAUGACAACGCGAACUAACACCUGCAACUGAAACAAAUUUUAAUAGUACAGAAAAAUAGCGGGUGGCGUCAAAAUAAAAUGGUCUCCUGCUUAAGAUAAUUAGCAUAAAUUUUCCAAUAGGUUUGAUCAUUGAUGGAGUAUCAAGAAAAAGAAGUUUCGCAACAGUAUUGAAAAACGAAAUGGUACACAGAAGCCUUUUCUUUUGUGCGUUUUUCAGUCGAACAAAGGCACGCGCGAAGUGCAAAUUCUUUAAGUUUCAUCUGUCGGAGGGUGGGGAGGGAGGGGGCAAAUGACAAAAACAAAAACAAAAA